ACCUCGAGUUACAAUUCCUCACGUCGAGAGAUCCUCACAGAGUAUUCACUUUCCGCUACCUCAAACCGAGCAGCAGCAAAUGGCACCAAAAGCAGAGAAGAAACCAGCGGAGAAGAAGCCCGCCGCCGAGAAGGCUCCGGCGGAGAAGAAGCCCAAGGCCGGUAAGAAGUUGCCGAAGGAAGGCGGCGCUGCUGCCGGAGACAAAAAGAAGAAGCGGAUAAAGAAGAGCACGGAGACCUACAAGAUCUACAUAUUCAAGGUGCUGAAACAGGUGCAUCCUGAUAUUGGGAUUUCGAGCAAGGCCAUGGGCAUCAUGAACAGCUUUAUCAACGAUAUCUUUGAGAAGUUGGCUCAGGAGGCGUCGCGACUUGCGCGCUACAACAAGAAGCCGACCAUCACUUCUCGUGAGAUUCAGACCGCCGUGAGACUGGUUUUGCCGGGAGAACUGGCUAAGCACGCUGUUUCAGAAGGGACUAAGGCGGUUACGAAAUUCACUAGUUCUUGAAGGGUUUUCUAGGGUUUCUUUUGUUUUCCUGAAAUUACGAGUCUGUGAGAGGUUAAUUUUCUAGAUUUAGUGGUUAUUAGGACUUUAUGUUUGAUUGUGUAAAUGGGUUUUUAGUAUUCGUUUGAAUGAAGAUGCUUUAACUUGGGCAAUGGCUAAUCGUGAUUGGAGCUUCUGAAGUUUGACCCUUUUUUCUUGUGUUCUUAUUUUUCUGGGUAAAUGGUUUGGUUUGUUUC